UGGAACCUCAGUUUGUAGACUGCAAAUAAAGCCGGAUAUUGAACUUGUUUCUGCUUGUUGACCUCCUCUGCCCAACACUCCCUCUCAAACUCUCCCACCAUAUAAUAAUCUACCUGUAUCGACCUGUGAAGAGUACACCGUGCCAAAAUGCCACGAAAGAAGGCACUGAUUAUCGGCAUCAACUACACCGGUACCAACAAUCAGCUGAAUGGCUGCAUCAACGAUGCCAUGAACGUACGCGAUUUCCUGGUGACUGAGCGUGACUUCUCGGACAACAGCCACGAUAUGGUCAUCAUGACCGACGACCCAGAGAAUGAGGGCACACCAUACUGGCCCAGCGGAGAGAACAUGUUGGCUGCCUUCAGGUGGCUAACCUCGUACAAUGAACCUGGAGACAGACUUUGGUUGUCAUACUCGGGACACGGCGGCCAGGUCAAGGACGAGGACGAUGACCGGCCGUCAGGCUUCGAGGACACCAUCUGCCCCGUCGACUUCCAAGAGAACGGCCAGAUCACAAGCAGUCAGCUUCACCGAUCCAUCGUGACGCCCAUGCACCCCGAAGCGAGACUAACGAUUCUCUUCGACUGCUGCCACUCGGGCUCCGCAUGCGAACUGCCAUACGUCUUCCGGCCUGACGAAGACGGCAACAUCAACUUGAUGGAUCAGAUCAAGAAGGGUGUGGGGCUCGUGCGUGCCGCAGAACACCUGAUACAGGGCGGCUGGAGCAGGGAGAAGGUGGCGGAUGCCAAGAUGCUUCUCGGUGGUGCAACCGACUUCUUCAACAGCCUCCACCAUGCCAGAGGCAACAUUGACGAUGAAGGGCUGGCAGCAGAAAAUUUUAAAGAACAUUGGGAGAAGGAGAACAAAGACGUGUGGAUGUUCUCUGGCUGCCGUGACGACCAAACGUCGGCAGAUGCAACCAUCUCGGGGACGGCCACAGGAGCUAUGUCGUGGGCCUUCAUCGGGACCAUGAAGGAGAGCCCCGAGCUGAGCUAUGUGGAGGUCCUGCAGACCACGCGAGAGAGGCUGCUCAACAACUAUGCUCAGAUCCCCCAGCUCAGCUGUGGUGGCCACUAUGAUCUCGACCAGCCGCUUCUGCUGUAACGACCUAUGCGUUGAUAGGUGACAGAAGAGUCAAUGAUGAUCUCAUAAGAAAGAUCUGCAGACAUGGAAGCAGUCGGUAUAGAGGCUCUUGGUUGAUGGACGGAUGGAGAAGACAAGGAGAGGCACUGAAGAACUAGUUAGCCCAGUGGUUAGCAUCCAGGCAAGACCAAAUUACGGGGGCAAGGAAGGUGUGGAGCUUCAGUAGCGCAUGAUGACUCAGCACCUUGACUGGGCCUUUCUGCCUUCGAACUCUCACUGAACUCUAGCUCAGUUUAACCUCAGCUUGACCCAAUCCAUCAUGACCUAUCGCU